AUGGAAUCGCAUCAACAACAAGCCAUUGAUUCCUUGCAGGAGCUGGUGCGCUCGUUGUGGCCUGAUGCGCUGAUUGACAUUUACGGGUCAAGCUACACACGGCUCGCAUUGCCCGUAAGUGACAUUGACUGUGUUGAGCGGCAGCCGUGGACGAAGGAACUCGAGCUACUUGGAAGCGCGAAAAUCCCCGUUCUCAAGAUGACGUACUCUCUCGACCCGACAGAACCAGACGUGCUACUCGACCUGACAUGCGGCCAUUCUGUUGGCCACACUGGACUGGGCGCCCGAGACCUUAUUUAUUCGCUGCAAACUGAGAUGCCAGCACUGCGCCCUCUGGUGUUAAUUUUGAAAAGCCAUCUCGUCAACAAGAAUUUGAAUUGCGCUUUUACUGGUGGCAUCUCGUCAUACGUCCUGGUCAUUUUGGUGAUUCGCUUUUUGCAGGUAACUUGUGGCGAUGCAGUUGUGCAACCGAAGUGGUGCUACACUUUUUCGCGUGGUGGACGCGUGACAUGGUACACUGGCAUCGGCAGUCUCGUGAUGCUCUUUUUGGAAACGUACAUCACGUUCGACUACCGGCGGUUCGGCAUUUCCAUUGAAAACGAAGGAGAUUUUUUCCUGCUACCGCCGGACAAAAUAGUCCCGAUGCAGUGUUCAGUAGUCAUCCCGUACGUCGCGGACCCGAUUAAACCUGGGCGAAGCAUUUGCAACUGCUUUCGCAUGCACGAGGUGAUCCAAUCGUGGCUUGCGUUGUACCAAAACCUGGCAGCUGGAGUCCCAGUGGUGACGUGUAUUGGAGGAUCCGUGAGCCGUUGAGUCCAUUUUCAAAACAUGAUAUGUCAACAAGCCCGCUCCUGCCGAUGGAAGUGAAGGACGCACCGGUCCAGGAGUGCUUUUUUGUCCUAGUUCCGGUGUCUACAUCUUCGUGCAGCAAGGCCGUCUCCUCCAAGACCACCGCUACCACACUUCAGUUUUGCUGUGCUUCUUUCCUGAAAGAAAUCUCCAAAGCGUAUUGGCAUCGAGGUGGUGUCGACAGUGUAGUAGUGAAGCAGUGGACUCUAAAUCCACGCUUUUUGAAGACGCGUCUGCAUGGCGAGAAUGCUCAACAGUAACUCAUAAAUACAAGACGACAGGCGCAAAAA